AUAAAUCCAAUUUCCACUAACACUCCCUUUUGUAUAUAAAAAUUAAAGCUAAAAUCACCGUUGAAACCCAAUCAAUCACACUUAUUGUCCACUGAGUAUUAAUUCUUAGAGUGAACGAAAAAGGCAUAUCCAAGUUCUUUCUUCCUGUCAUAAAGCCUUUGACGUUACGGGCUGGCCUAAUUUCGUUAUUGACCUAGAAUUUCAUUUGCAUAUACUCUCUUUUAACAAUAAACUAUAAGGGACUCAUUUCUCGUUUAAUAUCGUUUUGUUAACUACAUAACAAAACAUAUAACUAUCUAUAUGAGCAUAAUGAUAUAGAAAUAUUUAUUAACAACCUUUUGUAACCUCCAUAAAAAUAAACCUUAGCAAAAUUCAUGUGGGCUUGGCAAACUCACUUUUAUUCUCUCCAACUACUUUGUCAUGUGAUGCCCUUUUCUUUUCUCCGCACUAAUCAAUAUAAAUGUACUCCUCGCGGUUCAAAACAUAAAAUAGUUAUAUUUUUCACAAAAUUAAAAGAGUCUAAUCCAUGAAAAGAGAUGAACGUAACAUGCAUCAUACAACAUCAAUCAUCCAUGCAAGAAAAACAUGAACACUCCCAAAUAUUUCUCUCACUUCAAACUUAUAUAAACCUUACACUAAUUACACAACCCAAUCAGCAUUUGAUACAGUAUGGUGAUCAUCAAGUUAUUAAUACAUGUCUUAUUCUUCUUCCUCGUUAAUUCUUUUCAUCAAGUUCUUGGUCAGUAUAGCCAACUAAACACAACUUCUUCAUGGCUAAAGAAGCACACCAAAUCACUCACACUGCCAUUGGAUAAACCACCAAAGCCGCCGAUUUGUAAAAUUAUUGCUUGCAAACGGUCCGGACCACCAACGGCUCGAAAGAGAUGUUGUCGUAACCAAUGCGUUGAUCUCUUGUCCGAUCCAAACCAUUGCCGGUUCUGUUUCAAGAGAUGUCGGUUUGCUUUGUCUUGCUGCGGUGGAAAUUGCGUAGACACUAACAAUGAUCCUUCUAAUUGUGGACAAUGCGGGAACAAGUGUGAGCCUGGUGCACCUUGUGAAUUUGGUAUGUGUGGCUAUGCUGCUCCUUCGUCUCAGCCUGGAAAACGUCGUCGUCAUCCUAAACGGCCACGUCCUCCUCCUUCACCGAAAAAUGACGGUGAACUUCAUGAUGACCGUGAUGAUGAUGAAUAAAAUCUUACCGUAAGAAGAAAAUGAGAUUGGGUAUUGUUGUUCUACAUUGAUUAGUAAUUAUCGUGUGUUUUCGAGUUCAUUUAUUCAAUGAAUUUUAAUAAUUUGUGCUAGUUGAGUUUGAUUUGUGUUUAGCUUUCAUCAUGUUUCGUAUGUUGUAGUGUUAUAUGGUCGGUCUAGUUGUUAUGGUUGAUUUACAAAUGAAAUAUCAGUUAUAUUUGGUUCAUUUCGAUUUUUUUUUUGGUUCUAUUUUGUGGUUUCUUCUCAAAAUGAUAACCAUUAUAAAAUUGAAACAUGUUAUGGCUGUAGCUAUAGCUUAACUGUUAUUCAGUUGAAUCAGGAGAUUUUCUUUUUUGCUUUAUGGCCUUAUUGGUGAGGGAAGACGAUGUCGCCAAAUUAUUAGUUAAAGUUAUUUUGGCCCAUGAUAUGCAUGUGCAUAGUUGUAAUGUAUAAUUUUUUUUGCUAUCUAUAUUCUAGCAACAAAAAAUAUUCGUAUGAAUCUGAAUCAAAUAUUGACUGUAUUUAUUGAUUCUGAACAAAUUAUUGAUAGCAUGAAUUGUUAUGAAUGAAACUGUGAAAAUAACAAAUUUUGGAUAAUUAAUUAUGUUACUACACGUAUACACACAACUUGCAACAGACCACGAAAAACAAAGAAACAUUUUCGUUAUCAAGCUGUUUUUCAGAUGGAUAAUUAAUUAUGUGAAGUAGCUAAUAAUCUCUCUGUUAUCAAGCUGUAUUUCAGAUGGAAAUCCAUUACAAACCACAGGUUAGGUCGUACUUAAGUUUUUCGGAACGGAGAUGUAGUUGUUGUACUUCUAGUGUUUAUCAAAAAAAAAAAUUAGGAUCUCAGAUGAUAUUUUCGUCUGUUAUUGAACAUGGCCUCUUUCUUUUUUGUGACAUAAAAGAAGUUUAUUCGGCUAGAUAUCUGCAAGAGUCAUUAGGUCUACGCUCAAAUAUAUUUUUUGUUCUUGAAGUUUCUCGCAAUAAGGAAAUAAUCUAUACUAUCGCACAAGGCAUGGUUCAUUGGGUACUAUAAGCCAUUUGAAACUCGUAUCUUGGAACUACAAUCUCGUCGAAUAUGAAGUAUAAGUAUUCCACAGAUCCAGCCAGACAUCAUCAUCUAGUGGGCCGAUUGGUUUAUCUUGUCAUGAUCAGUCGUCCUAAACUUAGCUACGUUGUGCAACUUUUUGAACAGUUGCCACGACAAUGACAUUGGGUAACAACUAUUCUGUAUUUUUAUUAACCUUAAAGGUCCCUAGCCAAGGUAUUCUGCUAUGUUUUCAGCCAAGUCUUCACAUAAAUGCUUAUUGUGAUUCAUAUUGGCUUAUCCCCAUACUCAUUAAGUUUAUGGAAAACUAAGAAGCAAAAAUUGUUUCUUGUUCUUCUUAACAGGUUGAAUGAUAAGACAUGUCAUUCACAUAUUUUGAAUCACAGUGCCUUCAAGAACUAACCAUCCAAGAAGGACCCUUAUUAGUUU